AUGGGCCCUCUGGCUGGCCCUCGUCGGAUCGAGAAGGCUCAGGCAGCAUAUAGGGUAUUAGGCUUCACCUCUGCUGGAGAUUAUGGAAGAUUUAAAGUUGCUAGUUUGGAUUGUCUGGGCCUCACGGAGGCAGGUUACUGUGGACAGUUCCGGGCCAAAACAUUUAUUCUCAAUUUUCACAACUGGGUGCUGACGCAAGGCUUCUGGUGGCGCAAGACCUCUGGGACUUUUGCUCCCACGGGUGAGGAACUCUUUAAAAUAAAGAAACCAUCUCUUAACACAAUAACAUUUAGAAUGCAAAAGAAGGAAAACCCACACUCUGCAGUCAGAGAAGCUGAAAGAAGCAAAGAAAUCUUCCAAUCGGAGUCUAGAAUAAUUAACACUACUGAUACAUGUGAGACAGAGGAGGAGGAUGAGCACUACUCAUCAGCCAGUGAAGAUUACAAUAGUUCAGCCUCUGAAACUCAAUCCAGCCCUCCACAGAAAAGGAAGGAUUUAUCAGCAGGUAAUAUACCUGAUGCAGCUUAUAUCCAGGUUGCUUGUAGGAAACGUCAGUUGGCCAGGACUCAGGGUGACUAUAUUCCACUGGACACAUCACAUCGUGCUCCAGUCUCUCAGAAAAAAGCAUGCAGUGAUACAGAGAGUGAGGAUGACUCUGAUCAUGACACGAUUCUCCACUUCGCUCCCAAAACAAAAACUCUUAGGCAGAGGAUGGCUGAAUAUAUAGUACCCAAGAGUGAUGGAGCAAGUGAAGAUGAUGAAAUACAAAACAUGUGGGAAGAACAGCAACUAAAGAAAGCAGUCAGACUCCCACAGGGAAUUAAUGUAGACACUUCUCUACAUAAAUCUCAGCCCAUGAAAAUAAAGUUUGAUCCCUCUGUUUCACUGCCACCUGUGAACCUGGAAAUUGUAAAGAAGCGUCUGAAUACAAGAAUAACAUCAUUACAGGACCUUCAUCGUGCUCACCAGAGGGAGCACGAAAAGUAUACACAGGACAUUGAAAGCUCAAAGAGUACCAUCCAGGAGUUAGAAAGGUCUUCAAAUGCAGCUCUGAAUUACAAAUUCUACAGGGCUAUGAAAACUUACAUGGAAAGCCUUAUAGACUGUUUGAAUGAAAAGCUACUUCAUAUUAAUGAACUGGAGUCAGCUAUGCAGAUGCUACUUCAACAACAAGCCAUAACUCUCUUGAAACGUAGGCAAGAGGAUCUGAAAAAUGAAUCUGCUUAUGUUCAGCUGCUAUCAAGAAAGAAUGGCAAGUCAACUGAUGACAGCUUGGAAGAUGAUGAAAAAACAAAGCAGCUCCUGGAAGAGUGUGUGGCUCGAAGGACAUGCAGAAGGCAAGCAAGAGAGAGUUUUGGGAAAUCUGAUCACCAUGAGGGCAUGUCCAGUGAUGAUGAGCUGUCUGCAGCAGAGAUGACUGAUUUCCAGAAAAACAAAGAUGACAUCUUACAGGCGAGUAAGAAAAUCUGUGAAGAUGUGCAUGCAGAUUUUUGCAACAUCGGGAAUAUCCUGUUGAAAUUUCAUCAAUGGAGACAGAAGUUUCCUGACUCUUAUUAUGAUGCUUACAUUAGUUUAUGCCUGCCUAAACUUUUAAGCCCAUUAAUCAGAAUUCAGUUAAUAGGCUGGAAUCCUCUUGAGAAUUCCAUAGAUCUGAAUGAGAUGCCCUGGUUCAGAGCGAUAGAAGAAUUUAGCGAUGCCAAAAAUAUGCCACAAUCCAAGAGAAAUGAUGACCCUGAUCAAACAAUUUUGCCUACAAUCACCGAGAAAACUAUUCUUCCUAAAAUUACAGGCUUUGUAGAGCAUGUGUGGGAUCCUUUGUCAACUUCACAAACAGUCAGUCUAGUUCAACUCUGCAAAAAUAUCUUUGAAGAACAUUCCCUUUCCAAAAAUGAAUCCAGUAAAGCAAAACAGGAUCUGGUAAACUCAAUUGUUUCAAGAAUGAAGAAGUCGAUAGAGGAAGAUGUCUUUAUUCCUCUGUAUCCUAAAAGCGCUGUGGAAGACAGAAUAUCGCCACAAUCAAAGUUCCAAGAAAGACAGUUUUGGUCAGCUGUAAAGCUGCUGUCCAAUAUUCUUCUUUGGGAUGGGAUCAUACUAGAAGAUACACUACAUGAGUUAGGACUAGGCAAGCUGCUGAAUCGAUAUCUCCUUCUGAUACUCCUUAAUGCACCACCUGGACCAGAUAAUGUGGAAAAAUGCAACAAGGUAGUUGCAUGUCUCCCAGAAAGAUGGUUCAAAGAGCUUAAAAGCAGAUCAACUCUCCCUCAGUUAGCAAACUUUAGCCAACAUUUGUUGCAAAGUGCACAUACACUGUACAAGAAUAACUGCAGUGACGAAACAAGAGACCUGAUUCUUCUGUUGGUGAAAGUCAACGCCUUGCAUAUUGCAGAGGAUUUCAUUGAGGAAUAUAAACUGGAACACCUGAAAUCUAUUGUCAGAAAGUAGAAUUCCAGCAAAAGGACUAAAAUAUAAAAUUAAAAAUGCUGUAGCCAUUUUGGGUUUGAUUUAAAGCAAGAUAAAAAUCAAGCUAAAAUACUGUUAAAGGUUUCACUUGAACAAUGCAACUGACGAGUUAGGGCUGCCCUUUGACUUUAUUCUGUCUUGUUGAGCCUAGAUAUUUCAUGGGACUUAAAGGCCAUGCAAGUAAUAGGCUUAUAUUUUUGCAUUUCUUGUGCACCGAAAAUUCCCACGGAGGGUACUUGGUGUGCACCAGGAAUGCAAAAUCUGGUCCAAUGCAUGUUGCACUGGUUGGUAUCAAGUUAGUUGAAGAUGAAAUGGUAAUCUUAAUUCCUGAAUGACCUUGCUUUUUCUGGAUUUAAUUCAAAGUGGAGCAGUGUUUUAGUUCCUAUCACAGGGGUGAUAAUGCUUUAUUCCUUUUAGGAAUAAAUAAAUAGGUGUUACUUAAAGGAUAGUGAAAGGAUCUGAAAAAAGUGUCACACAAUCAGUAUACUGUAAGUAAACAGCCUUGUGUAGAAUUUCCAGUCUUGAACUGUGAGCCUAGUAUUGUGUACUGUCUCUCUAUCUCAGGGAGAAUACCAGGUCCCGUCUCUGGUGAGAUCCCAGUGACCAUCUUCAUGGAGAUCCGUGGGAGAGUUAGUCAGUAUAAGUCCUGCAGGAUUUCAACUGAAUAAUAGCAAUAGAAUAACAGAGACAGCUGAAAUAGAAAGCUAGGGAUAGCAGGCACCUAUCUAUAUUAUACCUAGUGUUCAAAUACAACACUUGUAACAUCACAAUAUAAGGAUGGCAUCCACUGUAUGUUGUCUUUUAUAAUUCAGAUGCUAAUGUGGAUUGUGCUCAAGUGUUUGUGGGCCUGGGCUCACCUCUGGUCUUAUUUUUCAUCAAAGUUUCUUUUUAAUUAUCAUACACACUUCAGUUGUUGGCAGUGAGAUGCAUGAGUCAUUUAUUGUAGCAACUUCAGAAAUUAUUUUAAUGUGAAUUUUUCACAUCGUUUUCAGAAAUCUGACUGGUGUCUGAGAGUCUUGCUGAUUGCUGUUUUUGCUCCCCCCAAUGUACACACAGUCUCGUCUAUCAUACAGUCUAUUUUAAAAUAUUCUGUGUAUGUUUUAAAGUGAGAAUUUUGAAUGUAUGUAACAAAAGUCAUUCUGCCAUGGAAUUGAAAGAGAAUUGUUUAUAGAAAUCCAGAGCAUAGCACAACUUCUCAUGCAGUCAUUUGUAUCUGUAUUUCCCCAAAUGGUAUUUAACAUAUAUUUGUGUUUUUCUUAUAGUAGAUUUUUUUCCCUGUGGACAUGCUUUUACAUUUUUUUAAAAACUGGGUGUUUUUGUAAAAUAAAUGAAUAUCAAUUGUAAAUGACUAGAUACUAUUUUUUAUCUUGAUUGUUUAACUCUUGUACAUAUGGGCUUACUUUGUAAAA